AUGUACGCCAACGGCGACGCAGCUCGUCGCGGCAGCUGCAUGGACUGCUUUUCGAGUGCAUGGACCUGUUCACGCCUCACGCUUUUGAUCCGCCCACUAGGGACCAUCAAAACCCUGCUUGCAUACAUCCGCGACCACCUGCUCAAGGAGCGACCGGAGUUGUUCAUGGACGGCGAGACCAUGUGCGUAAACACUUUUCUCACCAAUGACGUCGGGCACCCCCACACCCGUUUGACAGCUUUUGCGUUUACUGACCUCCACCCCGCUCGCCCUUACCUGGUUUUCCGGCUCUUGGUUAUGCUCGUUGGCAUCACUAACUCAAUGGCUGAUGUCAACGCUUGCAGUCGACCAGGCAUUCUGAUUCUGGUCAACGACACGGAUUGGGAGCUCCUGGACGGUCUUGAUUACCAGCUUCAAGACAAAGACAACGUUGUCUUCAUUUCCACCCUGCACGGUGGUUGA